UCCGGGCCGGGAGCUCUCUUCGGCGGGAUCGUUCCCAGGGCUGCAGCCCAAGUCAGCGCCCGCACCUGGGCGGGAUCGGGGCCAUCCGUCUCCCUCUUUUGAAAUAAAUUUAAAAAAAAAAACAACAACCUUGCAACCUGGUCAGCCGUUCCUAAUCCGUUUAAUCCCGCCAGCUACACGCGUGUGGUCCUGCAAAUCUUUACUACUGCAAGUAUUUUUGUUCCUGUACAACUCUUUGUAAAGACAGGAGGUAGUUGCUGUUUGCAGGAUUAGUCGCGAUAUUUCUUUCAGGGUGUGAUCAUUAGAUUGCACCUUCCCUUCAAAUAACUUGGACUUUUCAGCCGAAACCGCCUGUAGAUCGUGCAGAUUUUGAGUGAUGUGCAAUCUGAAUUAGGAUUUCAGACCCUCUGCUUCCUAUAUCAUAAAAUAGUGAGGAGAAAUUUAAGAUUCUGAUCUUCCUUCCUUUAUGAUGGUAUUUCAAAAGAACCCUAACAUAUCUGACAGAUUUCAGAGUAGCAGCCGUGUUAGUCUGUAUUCGCCAAAAGAAAAGGAGGGCUUGUGUGGCACCUUAGAGGCUAACAAAUUUAUUUGAGCAUGAGCCUUUGUGAGCUACUUCAUUGGUCCGAUGAAGUGAGCUGUAGAUCACGAAAGUUUAUGCUCAAAUAAAUUUGUUAGUCUCUAAGGUGCCACAAGUCCUCCUUUACUUCUAACAUAUCUGGUGGCUUUAAACUGUAUCUCAAAUUUCUGUGGCUGCAGCCACAACCACCGUAAAAUAAAAACACUUUUCUAAAAAUUUCAAACCUGCUUCUCUUGGAAGUAGCACCAAAGUUUACUUAAAUUGAAAGAAUUAAAGAAAAAAACUGUUCGUUUAUUCAGCACCCUGGUUCUUUACUUUGUGCAUUUGAUACUAUUUUCUGUAUAGUUCGUUUCCCAUUGCUUUUUCUGAAGCAGGGUGCUCACACAGUAACAGGGAAAACAAGGUUUUUUAAAAUUAUUUUAGCUUUCUCAGAUUAAUAGGAAAAUACAGCUGUAAACCCACAAAAUCAGCAAAGAAAGAUUUGAGAACAAGUGUCUGAAUCUACCUCUAAUUGGGGGAUUUUUUUAAAGUGUCUAGAAUUUCAUGUUGACUGUCCCUUUAACUAAAGAAAUUCAGUGGAAAAACGUUGUGAAUGUAAUGUGACUGAAAAUGUAAAUGAAAAUUAAACAAUCUAAAUUGUAAAGGAUUUCCUAUUUACAUAGGAUGAGUGUAAAUACUUAGUCAAAAGACCACAUGCUUAAAUGUAUGUAGAGACUACAUUCGAUCCCAGUGAUGAUCCCUGUGUUUGCUUUUCCAUCAGAAUUUUUUUCUUAUUAACAAUCUGAAAAGUAAGUGUGUGUAUGUGUGUGUGGUAAAUACAAAGGAAUAAAAUUCAGGAGUAAAUUCCAUUAUAUAAUUUUAAUUCUAAAUAACUUAAUUAGUUCUUAUCUUCCGUGUGGGAUGUUAGCCUUAUAUGUAGAUUAUUUACUAUACUAACUCAUUGGAGUACUGCAAGUUGCUUGUAAGUAGGGACCUGUAUGCCAAGGUGGAGCCCAGCUGAAGUCAUUAAAGCCUCAGAUGUUAGAUAAGGAUAAUUUUGGUGGAGUGCAGAGGGAGGGAGGCAGAGGUUCAAUAUUUAAUCAAGCUGUAUUUAGUAUAAAUGGUGGUAUUUCUGAUAUUGGGGAGUUAAAUAUUGGAAACAAAAGUACAUCAGUGAAUCAGUCCCUGCUACAGUUAAUCUUCCUGGAGGUCUUACUGAUGAGAUCGAUAGAUAGAUCUUGAGCAAAAAUAAAAUACUUCUCUUUAGGUUUUUGAAAUGAAAAAAAUCUUGGUCUUUGAAUUGAGCCAUUGAUUUUCUUUUCCUAUUAUUGUAAACUUUUUUCAGCUCAAAGGGGUGCCGUUUUAAUUGUCACUAAAUCACUGUGCACACCUCUGGAAGAGUGGAAAUAAUGAAUAAUUAUAUAUUUUUUUAAAUAUAAUGUAUUGUUCUCCUUGAGAGUGUUGGAAUCCCCUCACGAUUAUUGAUAAGUACUUAUCUUUGAUCUACUUCUUCUUUCACUUUCAUAAUUACUGUUAGGCUGCCAUUACCAGCUAAUCUAAUAUUAAUCUAUCAGACUUUCUAUAGUAAUUUAUUUAAAUUAGAUAUCUUAAUUGUAUCCUCAAAAACAACAAGGAGUUCGGUAGUCUUUUUGUGAUAAGACUAACAUGGCUACCCCUUGAUGAUUGAUUUUUAUCACGUAUAUUUAAAUCAUGAUUUACCAAACUAAUAUUAACAUUGGGUGCCACCUGUAUGUAAUAGUAUGUAUUAAUAUUGAAUCAGGUUGGUUAUUUUCUACUUGAUUUUUAACACUUUAGUGUGGAGUGAAGUAAAAUCCCAUUAAAUCAUUAAGUUGCUAAAUGAAGAAAAAUUUAUGAGUAGAAACACAGUUUUGCAGAGAUAUUGGUUACUUUUACUUUUGUAUUAUGGUAUUUAGCCAGAGAGAGCAAUAAGGAAAGAGAGGCCAUGAAAAAGGCAUGGAGAUCCCAGGCAUGUAUUUAUAUGUAUUUUAUAAGUUAGAUCCUUUCAGCUAAAGCUGAUCUGCUUAUCAAACUGAGGAUGGUAAUUGGGAUGAUGCAGAAAUAAAACAUCACAAUGGGGACUGAAUUUAAAAGCAGAGGUUUCUAUUAAGUAAACCAUCCUGCUGUGUUAUCCACCAGCUCUGGGGUUCUAAAUAAUCUUGCACCCAUCACAUGUCCUGAGAUGUGGCUCCAAAAUGGAAGCUUCCAAACCAUACCAAUAUUCGAGAGGAACAUGUUUGCUUGCCCAAUCUAGUGUUUGAUCAUAAAGCUGUCAUGCAUCCCUGUUUCCUUCCCCCCCUCCCCCCAACCAUACCUGAUCCUGUCAAAGUCAGAUUCAGGACUCCCAUAAUUUGUCAGACCACUCUGUUUAUUAGCAAAGCGCUUUGCCAAUGCACCCAGAUAUGUGAGCCCCUCUCUAAGGCUCAAGCUAACUUAUUUAUACAGAUAAGCCAAAGCCAAUUUAACAUAAGAGACAAAAGGAAGCAGAAACUGACAAAUAUACAUACAUAACUUAUUUGCAUGCUAACGUUUACCAAUCUCCUAGCUCAGUAGGAGCUCUAAGUUAAUUAGUUUGAGGACCCAUUGUCUCACACUCCUUAAUGUUUCUCUUUCUGACAACUAUAUUUCAACAAACCUUUCAAGUAGCAUUUCUUUAAUGAAUUAUAAUUUCAAUAUAAUUCAUUCUACUUUCACAGUCCCAAACUAGCAUCCAGACUUUGGGAAAGGAACGUACGCUACUCAGCUUUUACCAGAAAUUAAAUGCACAUAGAAAUGUAACUUAGAAUUUUUUGACGACUAAUGCAAGUAUUUUGCAUCAGAAUUUAACUAUGCUUUACAUGGAAUAGGUCCAAAUUCAUAAAAGUUGAAAAGAUUGUGGUAAUUGCUGUUCAAACCACUGUCUGGCUGAUAUUUUAAUAAUAAAAGUAAUGAGCAGAACUUGAGUAAUCACCGAAGGGGUGUAUUCUGUACAUGCUUUUUACAUCUAAGCCAUUUUUUCUUCAGAGGUUGACGUAAAAGCAUGAGACCUGAAAAUUACUUUGGAAGUUUUAGGUUAAAUUAGUUAUGCUAAUAAGACUUAGUCAAGGUUUAUAUCUUGCAAACACAAUUUCAGCUUCAGGCAGUGUGAAAUAGUUGUAUGUGAAUUUAAAAUACCUAAAAUUAAGCUUUACUAAAAGGAAAGCUGUAGAAUUUUAAAAGGAGUGUCUAUUAAAGUUCUUAGCUUGGAAUUAUUUAAAGACACCUUGGGGUGCGCCCCAAAAAACAUGCCUCCUGUGCUGGUUGCAGUUUAUUUUAGGGGCUUAAUUCUGCAAAUACUUCAAGAUGUGAUACUACUGUAGAAAGUCAUAUUGAAAGACUUAACUAGAACUACUAAUUGAUUUAGUGAGAUCACACUCAGUAGUGAAUGUUUUCAGAACAGAGCCCCAAUAGGGCAUGUCUGCUACCUUCUUGUGGCAUCCCCCAUAAGCAGUGCAAAGGGAAAAGAAAGCAAACAAAAUGUGGAACAGGCUAACGUUGUAAGCCACAUUCAGCCUGAAAGGGCCAUUUUCCAAUGGGGUCCCUUUCAGGGCCAGCACCGCAAACCCUAGCACUAGGGUCGGUUCUCAAGAUGCUGUGUUCCAAUAUUGAGGGGAUGUCAACAGCAAAGUUACAAACUCCACCUACAUACAAACCUUGAAGCACAUGUAAUUUUGCUUCAGGAGAUGCACUCUACCACUGAUGUGCAAGUUUCAGUUCCAGGCUACACUGUCAUGGCUCAUCACCAUUGCAGUCAGUAUGGGAUGACAUCUUAUGUUAGAGAAGAGCUGUCCACUGUCACAGUAUCAACAUCUGGUCCAAAUGCCAUCGCAGGAAUCGAGGAAGAAAAGUUCUCCCACCUCCAUCCAACCUGCAUUAUUCAUUUGGCCAGCUCUGUAAACUGAAAUGGACAUGGAAUCCCCCAGAGGGCAUGAACAGUGGCUGUGAUCUAGAAUAUUGCAGUGAAAUUUUGAUUAAUGGCAUCCCACAAGAAAACAGAGAAUGGAGUAGGAAUCUUUUUCGUGAGGAAGAUGUAUCCUUGAAUGAGGAGGCUCAUUUCAGAGUGAGAAGUGAAUGCAAAUCUGAUAAUACAAGUGAACCAAGCAACUGGGUGGAGAUUUCUACUCCACCAAAAGGUGCUGCAGGCACUGCUGCUGUUGGCAUAAAUUGCACUUGGUACAACUUAGAGUACAUGGUCUGUACAUGGCUUCCUGGACAGAAUGCAAGUGCUAGUACCAACUACACUCUGUACUACUGGUAUGAUGGCCUGGGAAAUAACCAGCAGUGCCAGAAUUAUAUCUAUGGAGAUAACUUUGGAUGUAAUUUCAGUCUUUCCAUCCAAAAUUCCACACAUGUGUAUCCAACUAUCAGUAUUUUGAUCAGAGACAACUCGGAGGAAAUUAGGCCUGUCUGUGCAAACAGAAAUCCAACAACAAUUGUAAAACCUGGACCUCCAAGGAUUGUAACGGCAUCAAUGAUCAAACAUGAAAUGCACAUAGAAUGGCAAAACCCAGGCACCUUUCCACCACAUUGCUUAGUUUACCAAGUAGAGCUUAAAGACAGCAAAUCGGGCUCCGUUCAGCAACAUGAUAUUAAAGGCUACACUGAAGCUUGGUUUCCCAGUGUUCAUCCUAACACUGUGUACGUCGUCAAAGUGAGAGCAAGGGUUGAAGGAACAUGUUACAGCAGCAAUCGCUGGAGUGACUGGAGUGAGGAGAAGAGUAUUGGUGAACACACAGACUUCACAUUCUAUAUUGUUUUAAUACUCACUGUUCCAUUAACAGUAGCAGUCGCUACUAUAAUUCUACUAGUGUACCUGAAAAGGCUCAAGAUACUAAUUUAUCCACAAAUUCCUGACCCUAGAAAAAUUAUUAAACGCAUGUUUGGAGAGCAAAUUGAGGACUUCCAGAGCUGUCCAGGGGAUGACUUUUUGAAUGUCCGUAAGCCAGCUAUGGAAGAGGAAAUCCACUAUUUAGUUUGGAUAGAGAAUCCAGAGAGCUCCACAUCUGAUAAUGAGGACCGAGAAAGACCUGCUUUACAAGUGAAAGCCUUGUGAGGAAGACUUCUUUGUUGCUCUUUGUUUACCUCAGAGGAUUUCUGAAUAUUGACAGUGACUUGUCUGCAAGGCAGACACCCACAUUCCAAACAGCAAACACCUGCUGAAAACUCACCUCUCUGGUGACACUCGCAAGAUAAAAUGCUGACCGUUGCCACCUUCCAUCUCUGCUAAAAAUGCUACCCAGAGCCACCACAAUAUGCAUGUACAUAAACCAUGCAACUGGACCCACAGCAGUGCCCCUCCUCCUGCCUAAGCCCAGCUCUUCUGACUACGUGCCUUUCUUACUUCUGCUCAUGCCUCACAUUUGGACUGUAAGCGGUUUGGAGCAGAAACUGGUUCUUCUGUGAAGCACCUUGCUCAGUUCGGUGAGAAGUAAAACAAUAAACAACUUGUUUACAGCUUAUCACUGCUAGAACAUAGGAACUGCCAAGAGAUCGGGUGGACCAUUUAAUCUGGCAUCCUGUCUCUGACAGUGGCCGAUUCCAGAGGAAGGUGCCAUAAAUCUUUGAGAGUAUUUAUGGAAUAACUACCUGUCUGUAAAGGAAAUUUUUUCCUAAUGCCACCUGUUAGUGGCUGCUGAAACCAAAGAGGACCAUUUAUAUCCUUUCUUUAAAAUAUAGGUAUAUACACAAGUCUCCUAGCAUAACAGUGGAUGUUGUCACUAACCACACAAGUGUUUUUAAUCCUUUUUGAAUUCUACAAAGCUCUUGGCCGCUAAUAUCUUUUUGACGGUGAGUUUCAUCAGUUAAUUAUGCUUUGUUUAAAAACCACUGCAGUCUCUCACUUGAAAUGUGUAGCCUUUCAGCUGCUGCGACUGGUUCUCUCCAUGUGUACCUCUGUAUAACCUCCCAUGCUGGGGAGAAGGUGAAAGCCCACUUCUUGGGAAUAAACCUCACUCUUCCCCCUGGUUAACAUAGUGAUCCUAUUUUGUUCUUGGUUUUCUCCUCUGAGAACUUGAAAGCUAUUUAACUUUCUGACUUUACUUCAGCCUGUCUCUGCUGAUGGUAUUUAUCUUUAGUGAUUGUACAUCAUAGACUUUAAGGUCAGAAGGGACCCUCAUGAUCACUAGUUGAUUGUUCAUAAUAUUCUCCUAAACUAUGUUUGAGGUUGUUUUCGCCAUGCUUUCCUGCUGUAAAUUCUAAGCAUAACCUAAUGUGUGCUUUUAUGUUUCAAAUAGGGUUACUCCCUGGCCAUUAUUAUGCCUCCUAAAGAUGGGGAGAAAGAACUGCAGGAAAAAAAUCAUAUCAGCUGGCCUUACGUGGUGGAUUAGGGAUUUUCUCUCUCCUCUAAAUCCCCUUGGCAGCCUCCACUACGAAGUGCAGUCCAGUUAGCUGAUAAGAGACCUAACUCUAAACAAAUUGGAACAGGCCACCUCAAAAGUUUCAUUGGAAGCCAUUGGGACUGGAAGGGACCUCAUGAGUCAGUAAAUCCAGACCCCUGCGAGCCCAGGCAACCCUGUCAGAUCAUCCUCUUCGUAUAUGUGUCAAGCCCCAAAACAAGGAUGCAAUCUCAGGGAUUUUAAUAAAAGGUACAGCAAAACGCUCAGCCUCUGGAAAACUCUAACAUCAGCUAAUAAUAGGUUGUUCCAGAGGGAGAAGAGUUUUAAAGAAUAUCCUGUCUGUUAAAUUCCCUUUCCAAGCUUCAACCCCACCCCCAAACAUUCAUUGUAUAUAUUCUAAAGAUAUUCCCUUUACUUCUCAGAUCUUACCAUAGUUAAAAUGAUCUACCUCAACUAGAAUGGUAUUAGCUCUGGCAUCACGGUGGACUAGGAACAUCAGACGACCGUGUAAGGGAGAGCAAUCGAUAGCUUUUCUGUAAAGGCUGGAUUUUUUUUCUUACCAAUCAAGGAAGAAAAUUAUUGGCACUUUGCCACAAAUUCUUUUGAGUUAGCUUCUGUGGUGUUUCUGGCAAAACUGAAGCUUAUUAAAGAGAAGAAUUCUGUUUGGUUUUGUGUGUUUUUUAAGAAGUAGGGUAGUGCUAGGCCAAAAGGAACCUUUUUUUUUUUUAAAUGAAGAGAUAAAUGUAGGUCCUGAUGAGGAUGUUGUGAAUAAUUUUUUUGUUUCCUGACUGAAUAGUGAAGAUACUUCCCGGUAAAAUAAUGUUUUGUGUCUAUUCCGUACCAUACCACACCACAAUGCAAUGUGAGUACACUUGAAUUGCUAUUUUUUUUUCUUUGUCCAUAUGCCAUUUUUUAGUAGACUUCUUGAUAAGUUUGGGAUUUUUUUUUUCAGCUUUUGUAAUGAUGUGAAUCUUCUAACGUUUGUUUGUUUGUUUGUUUUCCUUUAUUAUAGUUACUUGAUUGUAAUUUUUGUUAAAAGGAUGAAUAAAAAUAUAUUUGA